UUAACUCUGCCUAGCAGUUUGAACUGUCAGGUGGCUGCUGCCGGGGCUUCUCUGGAGUUCACAAGGGUCCGGGGCCGGAGCGGGAGUCGGAUCAGAAGCUGGAGGUGCCGAGCUGGGCUGGCAGUUUUGUGUAGGAUGUCCUCAGACGAAGAGAAAGCUUCAGCUCCAGCUUUGCCAGGAGACAGUGAUCCAGACAAUUCAGUUUCUUCAGAUCUUCAGAGUGAAUAUGAAGAGCUGCUUCGAUAUGCUGUGGUGACACCAAAGAGUGAUGCAAUUACCUCAAAGCAGUCAUAUCCUAAGUCAUUAGGGGGAACAGAUGACAAGAUAUUGAGUGCAGUGGCUGAAGAGCCACACACUUCAGGAAAGGGCCCUGUAGGAAGAGAACAGAGAAAUGAACCUGGGAGAAUCAUAGAAAUCAAUAAUCCAAGUACUUCAAAAGCAGAAGUUUUACCAUCAUUGUCACCACCAAAGAGGAUCACUCAUCCAAUCAUGGACUUUUUCAGCCCAAAUCAUUUAAAUGACUCUUCCUCACCAGGAGCUUCUAGUCCCAGGGAAAAAGAAUCUUCUGAGAGAUUUUUUAGUGAACCAUGUGUUACUGAUGAAAACCUUCGAAAGAUAGAAAGCAUAAUUGAUUUCUGGAGUUCGGGUCUUAAGACAAAUGUUCUUGCUGAACUAAGUAAAUGGAAAUUUAAUUUUAUUGACUGGCAUAGAGCAGAAGUGAAAAAAGAGAAGGACAAGCAUGCAGUACAAAUAAGAAGAAUGCAAAGCCAAGUAGAUGACUUGAAUGAGCUACAGAAAACUUAUGAAACUUCCGCUGGGAGAAAAGAUGAGGUAAUUGCUACCUUGACUGAAGCAACAGGCAAGCAAAAGGAUAGAAUAGAUUUAUUGAAAACAUUCUUCCACUGGCGGAUUGAACAUCUCAAGGCCAAACAGGAGAUUUAUGAAACUAAGCUAGCUGACCAGCACUACCACAAAACUUUAAAGAAGAAAAUCUGGAAGGCCUGGCGUUCCAUUCUGAAAUCACAGUGGAAAGAUACGGUUGAAAAAGCUUGUCAAUCCAGAGCUGAAGAAAUUUGUCUCCAGAUUUCCCGUGAUUAUGAAGCUCAAAUUGCAGCAUUAAAUGCUACUUUGGAAGCUGCAAGGACUGAGAUCCAAAAACUCCAGUGUGAAAAAGAACAGUUUGAAGAGUCCAUGAAAAAAGCAUUCAUGCGUGGCGUGUGUGCAUUAAAUCUAGAAGCCAUGAGUAUAUUUCAGGGCAGAAGUGACAGCGGCAUAGAGAACGCAAAUAGGAAAGAUGACAAUGGUCCCAGUGGCUCAGGGAAAGAUGGUUCUAUUCUUUUUGAUCCCUCACUUCUCUCAGUACCACCACCAGCACCAGCACCAGCACCAGCACCAACGCCAGCACCGGCACAAUCAUCAUCAGAAGAGAUGUUUGGACCAAAGGUUGUGACAUCUGUUCAGCAGAAGGCAGGAAGAACAAUUACAGCUCGAAUUGCAGGGAGAUCUGAUUUGCCUAUUAAAACCAGUAGAAAUUUUAGCAAUUUAGCUGUAAUGGGGGUCUUGCCUCCCAUGAGUUCUGUUGUUAUAGAAAAACAUCAUCCAGUUACACAGCAAACCAUUCCUCAAGCUCUGGCAGCAAAAUACCCUCGCACUAUUCACCACGAAACGAGCGGCACAUCUUCAAGACACACAGGACCCAGUGGAAAGACAUCCGCUCUGGCUUCUCACUCCAUAAAGGUGGUUGACUGAACUGAAUAUAGGUAUAUAUAGAAAGGAGGUGAUUUUUUUUUCAGUUCCUGAUUUCCCUUGCUGAAAAAUUCCCAUGGAUUUGCUAUCUUGGAACUUCUCAGUGAAGCUUAGGCUGGCAUAGCAAAACACUGUGGAUAACAUCAUGGUCACCUUUUCAGAACCAGAGACUGAUUCAAUGGAAAAUGUAUUUUGAGGAAGGUAAAAUAUCCUUUGUAACUAUAUACAGAAAUUAUUUUAAUGUUAAUAAUCCUUUAUUUAAGAAAUAAAUUGAAUAUAUGCCUUUAUAAAUUAAA